GUGUGUUGGAGCAGGGUUGGAACUGAAGUCUUCAGGAUGGUAGCACUCCAGGAGCAGGGCUGGAGAUCCCUGACUUAAACUGAAGUCAGUUCCCCUCAAGUUCACAGCAGGGUAAACACCAGAGCCUCCAAGAGAUAGAAAAAUCUGCUGACAUCAUUGUCCAAGACCCACUUGCUGAAACGAGAGCAGGAGGGAGAGAAGGAGAGAAGGAGACAGAGCGAGCGAGAGAGAGAGAGAGAGGGAGGGGGAGAGCGAGUUUACUGGCUCCUGGUUUUUAGGCAGUGCGUCAGAGGCUCUGCCACACAGAUAUGCCUGGUGAGACUGCACAUCGGAGCGGCCCCACACAGGGCCUUUUGGACUCUGGAGACCCACAAUCAGAGCUGCCAGGACCAGAUCUGUCUGGUCAAACAUCCAGCUCUUCAGCCUCAACUCCAACAGACAGUGCCUCCAGUCCUUCUCCCAGCAGCCCUCCAAAACUCUCCCCACUAUGUACUCCUUUUGGACCCCGCCUGGUAAUGGCCAAACCAACCACAUCUCCUCGCCCACAGCCUGAGGGUGCAAGUUUUGAAUUAGAAGGGUAUUCUGGAAAUUUCGGCCGACCAACAGGGCGGUUUGGUAGAGGAGCCUGCAGACGAGGUCCUAUGAAAAUGGAACGGAUCAAAGUCCUAACUGGAUCAGAAAUAGAAAGUGACUUUCAAGAGCCAGAGACCAUGGACUCAAGGGUGGUAAUGGGGCAAGAGGCUCUGCUGAGAAACAUGGACACACAAAGUGGAGUGCUGCUAGGAAAGCAGAUAGGUCAAGAAACACCUAGUUCAGGACACCAGCCCUCAGAACCUUCCAUGAAAUGUCACAUUGGGCUAGAUGAAAAUGCAAAGCUAGAUACUGGUCAGGUGAGUUCUACUGCAGAUCAGACUAAGAGUUUGACUUCAGUUCCAGAACAGGAGAAAAGCAUAGGUCAGAUACCUGAAUGUCAAGUCCUAGAGUCCAAAGUGAGAGAUGCCGAAUUGACAGACAGCAGUACUCUUUUCCCAGAUAAUGAGGGAGAGCCACUGUCUUUAUCUCAGGGUGAAGUGCCUUCCUUGUCAUUUUCCGAGCCUCCCUAUGUUGUUGACCCACAACGCAUUGGUGUCCUUCCAGGACUUGAUCCUGAUCGCUACUAUACAGCCCCUUCCACCCCCAUUAAGAUGGCUUACUGCUCACAUCUCAAGCAACAGUGGCGCCCAGGGAGCCCAAGCCAAAGUCCAGGAUCUCCAACUGAUGAGUCUGAUCUGUGCUCCCCUCCUACCUCUCCCUCUGGUUCCUACAUGACUGCUGAGGGAGGCAGCUGGACUUCAUACACCUCCAGCACCUCCCACUCAUGCUCUCCAAACUUAACAGCUGAGGCAGAGUUGCAAGAAGCUCCUGCUUGCUAUGUGGAGUCCCUCUCAGAGAUUGGUGAUGAGCUUGGAGAUGAUCGAACUGGUAACGAAAGGGAUGCUUGUCUGGGUAAACCUGAUAUGCCGGAGUUGCUGCAAGAUGUUGCCUGUGAAGUGGAUAUACUAACAAGGGACACCUGUAGUCCUCAUUGGGUUACAGAACAUGUUUCCACACAAGAGAACAGCAGCAACAAGAGUAAAACAGACUGCCAGGAGGACACAGGGGUGUCUGAGGGCUCUCUGAGGCCUAGAGAUUUCCAGAAAGCCCCUGAUGCAACUCAAACUUUUAAUGAUUCACAUCAAAGUCUUGAAAUAGAUUUCAAUGCCUGUUUCUCAGAGCCAUCUGUGAGCCUGGAUCACCCUAUAACACCAGACGAUAAUGCAUCUGCUGCACUGGAUACAGGGAGCGAAACCCCUGUCACCCACUCUCCAGAGACUGUAGACAUAGAAAGUAAUAGCAGUAAUAGUUUAUAUCUCAGUGCCUCUGCUCCUCUGUUCCAUGGCUAUUCUAGAGAGGAUGGGCUUGGGAGUGAUGCAAUGUUUCCUGCUUCUAUGUUGCCUUUCCAUGGAAGCCUGAUAAUCCAGGCAGAUUCCAUGGAUAUAACCCUGUUCCCCACUGAUGAUGAGCAGGGGAAUGAUGUGGAUGCAUAUGCUGCUGGAGAAGAGGAAGCCGAUGUAGAUGAGUAUGAUGAUGAAGAUGAGUGUGAUGUUGAAGAUGUGGUUAAUGAUGAGGCACAGCAACAAAAGGCAGCUUGGAAGGUUGAAAAGGAAGUGGAAGACCCAAAUGAAGAUGACACCUCUGCAUCCUUUCUAAAUUCCCUUUCAGAGAAUUCAAUAAACGAAGGUGUAGAUGAGUCCUUUGCUUUUCAGGAUGACACUGAGGGCUCAAUUGAUUCCACGUCUUAUAACGGGGAUGAAGACGACCAUAUGUACUCCACAGAGAAGCAUGCAGAACUCGCUCAACAGUUCCCUGGGCCAGAUGAACCUGUGCAGGUUGAAGACGACCAUCUGUACUCCACAGAGAAGCAUGCAGAACUCUCCCAACAGUUCCCUGGGCCAGAUGAACCUGUGCAGGUUGAAGACGACCAUCUGUACUCCACAGAGAAGCAUGCAGAACUCUCCCAACAGUUCCCUGGGCCAGAUGAACCUGUGCAGGUUGAAGACGACCAUCUGUACUCCACAGAGAAGCAUGCAGAACUCUCCCAACAGUUCCCUGGGCCAGAUGAACCUGUGCAGUCAGUAAGCCAUGCAAAACCCGAAUCUUCUGGUAGUGAGAGUGAAAUGGAGAUAUCCUCCGGAUCAUCUGAACUUCCACGUGUAGAACUUCAAGAGAAUCUGGCAGACUGCAGUGUUCAAGGUGAAAGCGUAAUCACACAACAAAUUUCAGAAACAAAGUUGCUGAAGGGUGAGCUUUCAAAAGAAUUGACUGCACAGACCGAAACAAUGGAUAUGGAAGGAAAACAGAGUACAGAUCCAUCAACAGUCACGGUAACAUCAGAGAAAGGACAGCAGAUCGCCACAGAUGAUCCAACAUUACCUGUUGAUCAAGGCAAAGUAGAACAAAUUUGUAGUACAGUUGAUUCCUGUGUGGCAGGUGCUACAGCUGCUGACAUGUGCUACAAGACUAACGUAGAUGAUAGCCAGGAACUGGAUCAGAAAAAUGGAAAUAGUAUGGAGUUAGCAGAAACCGCAACCAAUGACCUAAAUAAGGGAGUCCCCCAACUAACAUACCUGGAUGAAUGCAGCCCCACAAACAUUCCAGUUUGUGCCUAUCCUGAACUGUGUGACAUCUCAGAUAAUUUAACACCAACUGAUGUUUUACCAUUUGAACGUUCCAUGAAUCAAGAUAAUCUGACAGAGAAUCAACCUGGCAAUGAUGUAAACCAAACCUCUCAAACUAUGUCCUGCUCCACAUACAGCAGACUUGUCAUUUCGCCAAAGAAAGAGAACUCUGAGAGCUAUAUGACAGAAGAGGAACUUUACUCUGAGAGUUGGACACCAAGGGACCCCUUGUCUUUAGGUGAAUGCUGUGACUUUGAGGCUGAAAAUCUGCUCAUGUGUGAGAUAGCUAGAUCAGUGCAGAGUAAAGGUUUGCCUGUCUCUCAUAACAUUGCCGCUGGAGAAGACAUCAUGGGUGAUGAUGAGGACAACAACCGAUAUUGUGACCUCCAAGAGAAAAUGACAGACAUUGAUGUUGGUGAGGUUGAGUCAAACAUUGCCAGCUGGAGAUCGAUUCAAGAUCUUUCAGAGGCAGGAGGGGGUGAGGAUGAUGCAAAUAACCUUCAAAAUCCAGAGAGCAAUCAACUCAUAGAUUGCAGUUCAGAUAAGGGUCUGAUGCCAUUGUGGAAUGAUCCAGAAAAAACUUCCACACCCUUAAUCCUGAGUGCUUCAUCAGAAAUUACAUUGAAUAUGCUUUCAGAUGAUGCAAAAGAUGUGAAAGAUCAAACUCCAAAUACAGACUUCAACAUUCCAGAGGAUUUAUCUUCAGACCCAUUAAGGAAGGAAAGUGAUGAAAUAACAUCUGAACGGCCUCAGGAUGUGGAAUCUUGUCAAGGACCUAAUAAUGUCACAUUAACAGCAACCAUUUCCCCAGAACACGCUGAUCUUUGUGGAUCUUCUUCAAAAACAGUCAUUUCUUACCAAUCAGAUAAUCUUGGUCCAGUUUCAAAUCAGGGUCAUUCAAAUUCUCAAAAAAUUACCCUAACAAACACUGACUCUGUCUUGGAAAACAAUCUCACAUUCAACUUGCAAGGAGGAUCGUUUGGUACCUUCACAUUCAGAAAGAAACCAACUGAUAUAAAGAUUGUUGACCCCUCAGAAUCAACAAUUCCCCAACAGAUUUCCGUCUCUCAUAAAGAGACAUCAAACUCCCAUGAUGUGGCUUCAAAUGAGGUUGUGGGGGAGAAAGUAAUUCAGUUAAGAGCACACAUCAAACAUGAAACAGUAACAGAUGAAGCUAAAACCACUGACAGACAAUUUCUUGAACAAGAGACUACAACUGACGCUCAGGAUCAGGAAACAGCUAAAUCUGACUCACAUGAGAAGGGAAAAGAGGGAUUGAAAACAUGUCAAAAGAGAGAGGAACAAGAUUUUACAGAGAAUGUUUCAUUCCUGGAGCAGAACAAAAAUUCUGAUGGCGAUUCACAUAAAUCAGGUCUUUCCCAAGCUGACAGUGAUGAGGCAACACCAAAAACAGCACAGAUUGCUAAUUCUGGUCAUGCCACAAAACCAAAGGUAACUGAUGCCCUUAAAGCCAACAUUGCAGAUUUAGCCUCAAUGGGAAAUGAAAAGAUCCAGUGCCAAGGAAAGGAAAUGGAGACUACAGAUAUUCAAGCUCCACAUUUUGAUAUAUUUUCAGUGAGAGAGGAAUUUGGUGAAACCCUGCAGAAAGAUGAUGUCUCUAUAACAGAGAACACUGCACUUAACCAAACACCAGAACAAUCAAUGUUUGACUCCCCUGACCCUAGCUGUAUUGAGCCAAAAGAGUCUGUUCAUACAGAGCCAGUUGCUGUAACUCAGACAACAGACCUUACAAGGCCAGAUGGGCAGAAAGAACUUUCAGACAGAUCUUUGAGCAGAGGAAGUUUGACAGAAAGCACAAGAGACAUCAAUGACAAUCACGUAGGGGGCAGUUCAUUCCUCAGGGUGGACAUGCCAGAACAAGAAAUGGUCUCUCCAACAUGUUCAUCCACUGUUGUCCAGGAGAAGGAUCUCUCUACCCCCAUUCAGGAGUCACAGCCCAUCCAUGAGAUCUCCCAAACUUCUGCUGCCUUCUCACAUAUUCAGCCAGCUCCUGACAGCAAACCCAGCCAACCUGACUAUCAAAGUCCCAUUCGGACUCCUGAAAUAAGCAGUAUGGAAUCAGCAGCAAGGGAAACAGAGGAACAAACACCAACUUUGGUUCCUAUUCAAGACACAUAUGAUCAUGAAAGUGAAAGAACAGUCAUGACAGCAAAACCAUGCAGACAUGAGAACCCUCCAGUAUGCAAGGGACACCAAACAGAACAGUCCCAGUCCACAACACCCACUGGACAAACAGACAGUACCCAUGUCCAAAGAACACUGAAUCAGUCAGAUGAAAGAGAGAUGCUCCCCUGCAUCAGUCCACGACCAGACUCCUUGGUAAAAACUCAGCAAAAGCAAGCUGAGCGACUGAGUAUAGAGCGAGACUUGUGCCCAAUUAGCUACAGAUCAAAAGGCCCAGAGGAUGUGGAUCUCCCCUUCAAAAACAAUAUAGGUUCAGGUAAUGAAACAGACAGUGAUGGCUCAGUACCUGAGCUAGAGGAACCCAGUGGGACAUUGCUGAGACCCUCAAAUCCACAGUUGGCACACUCUCCUGCUGAUGAGUCAGUGAGCAGAGCCAAACAAAGUCGAAGUGAGAAAAAAGCACGAAAGGCGAUGUCAAAGCUCGGGCUGAAACAGAUCCACGGAGUGACACGCAUCACCAUUCGGAAGUCCAAAAAUAUUCUCUUUGUAAUUACACGUCCAGAUGUGUUCAAAAGCCCUGCCUCAGAUAUUUACAUAGUCUUUGGAGAGGCCAAGAUUGAAGACCUAUCACAGCAGGUUCACAAGGCAGCGGCAGAGAAAUUUAAGGUUCCUCUUGACCCCUCACCUCUCCCAUCAGACAUCACACCAACCCUGACCAUAAAAGAAGAGAGCGAGGAAGAAGAGGAGCUGGAUGAGGGCGGGCUGGAGCAGAGAGAUAUUGAGUUGGUGAUGGCACAGGCCAAUGUGUCUCGAGCUAAAGCAGUUCGUGCACUGCGCCACAACAAGAAUGACAUUGUCAAUGCCAUUAUGGAGCUGACCAUGUAAAAAAGGAAUUCCCUGCCCCUUGCGUGUCACCCCCCCCCCCCCCCAAGUAAUGCUGCUAUAUUGCACCGCCCAAACUCCUGCUGAAAUAAAUCUGUUACAACCAGAGCUCUUCGUUUCCAAACAUUAUCUACGAAUCAUAUAAAUGCACCUUACAAACAAAAAUGUAUCGUUAUACAUUUUGAACAAACUUUUAAUAUUGCCGUAAUGGCUCAGAUGGUAGAUCAGAAGAUUGUAGAAAUAAAAGCUUAUAUCCUCAAAGCUGA